CAUUACUAUUUCAUUGGUGGAAAAAUUGAAUUAGGCAAUCUCUUUUUACGGUGCCAUUUGGUGUGAAACUGGCAAAAUGAACUUUGAAUCACGUCGUUGUUAGCAGUGUUGUUUCCUUUUUGGAAGCGGUCAUGUUAUUAACUAAACAAGUCAAUUGUUGUUUCCAUACACCCUUUUUUGUUUUUCGGAAUGCUACAAGUUAUGACGUGUUGGGUGGAAGAUGGAUAACUUCAACCGCCAGACGAUGUCUAACCAGUAGGAGGUUACGUACCUCACAAACUAGAUUUGUUUAUGGGACAACAUGUCACCUUGCUACUAGCAGUCGGGGUUUCAAUAGAAAGAAACCUUUAUGGAUAGUGAAAUGGGUUUCCGUGUCAGGCUGGGACCACAUUUGCACUGCUCCUUAUUUCCUUGCAGCUUUGUUGAGACAAAUGUUGCGGACGGGUUCCUCAUUGUUCCAACAUAGGAAGCGUCUCAAGUGGAUACUGCGUUCAGGUACUCACUUGCUGUUGGUUUUAUGUCUAGUUGGGUAUCGAGUGACGUUGAGUUCAUUGGCACUUAGUAACCUUGUAUACUUUCCAUCAAAAGAAUCCACAGUAGCUGUACAAGUAAAGAGCACUGGAUAUGAGGCACUGGAAGAAGCUCUUAUACGAGAAAGACUACAACAGAAGACGGCUUCCGAAAAUAACAGAGCAAAGGAUGAAACUUCAGGUUUGGAAAGUAAAAAGGGAACUUCAGGCAACAGCAUACCCCUACCAUCAGAAAAGAGGUUUCAGAAUCUUGCAGAGUUGGACAAGUCCAAUCCUGAUUCGGGGAAGUCGAACGAUUCGUCUACCGCAAAAGAGGAAAGCAGUGCUGAAGUCACUCCUCAUGUCACUGGAAAUAGUCAGGAUAACAAGCCACAUCGUUCUGAGCAAGAAGUGACUGAGCCCAAGUCAAGUGAAAGAAUAUCGACAACAAAUGAGCGUACGGGAAGGACUAUUUUGCCUCGGACGUCUAUUGGUUCUAUGAAGUUAUGGAUUGUGCGGCUUCGUCAGAGAAUAGGAGAUACUUUGGAUCAUAUUCGUGAGGUUAACCUUUUGGAAGAUAGAUUUCUAUCCAAUCUUCGUUUGCCAACUCAGAGAGAAACUUUUGCAGUGUUAUCGCAAUUCACGUUGGUUUGUGCGUUGAUUUUGUUGCUUCGCGCGGGAGUCAAUAGGACAUUAAGAUGGGUUUAUGCUCGCUUUGAUCCAAAUGCCAAUCAGUUGAGCUAUGAACAAAGUGUAUUUGAAUGUAUGCAGCGUCCUCUUGAAUUUUUAGCUGUUGCUACUGUGAUUAUUUCUUUGGCGGAAUUUGUGUCGAGACCUUUAGCUGCAACCGGUCUAUUGAGAUACAUAAGGCCUUUUAGAGAAUUGACCGUGAUAUUUUCAGCAACUUGGUUUUUAUUGAGAUGGAUAGAGCGAAUUCGUUCAAGAUUUACUGAUAGCUCAACUUAUGAAGCGCGAGUGAACAAGGCACAAGUAGAUGCUUUGUCACGUAUUAUGACUGUCGUGGUUUCCGCUAUUGCACUGUUGAUUUCUUUGGAUACUUUUGGCAUCAAUAUUCAGACAGUGUUAGCCUUUGGUGGAAUCGGAGGUGUUGCUAUUGGUUUUGCGGGAAGAGAGAUUAUUAGUAACUUUUUUGGUGGUUUUAUGAUUUAUUUGACGCAGCCUUUUGCUGUUGGAGAUUGGGUCCGAAGUAUUGAAAAUGAUCAGAUUGACGGUUCUGUAGAAGAGAUUGGCUGGUAUUUGACUCGUAUCCGUACUUGGGAAAAGCGACCUUUGUAUAUACCAAACUCUCGUUUUUCAACUUUGGUGAUGGAAAAUCCUUCUCGUAUGACCAAUCGAAGAAUCAAACACACCAUUGGUUUGGCUAUGGAGGAUAUGUGUGUCAUCAAAGACAUCAUUCAAGAUAUCCAGAAUCUUCUAGAUCAACAUCCAGAGUUGGAUCCCAAACAACAUCGAAUGGUUUGGUUUGAUGGUUUUGGUGAAUAUUCAGUGAACUUGUGGUUAAGUUGUUACACGAAAACUGUAUUUUUGUCCGAAUAUCGACGAGUACAGCAAGAGAUAUUAUUUGCAGUAUAUGAUAUUAUACGCAGUCAUCAUGGACGUCUUGCUUCUAGUUUGGUUCGCGACCUGAGAGAAGGUUCGGAUCCAGAUAAAUAUGCACCACUUCAUCCUUUAAGUGAGUUGUCCAAAGAGUCUUUUGCCAACGGAACGAACCAUUCUGGUUCGGAGAGUGCAUUAAGUUGGUCACGUCAUGAACCGGAAUCCAACAAACCGGAAGUAGCAGUUUCUCCUGUAUCGGAAGAUACUAAAAAGGAAAAAGGAAAGAGUUCCAGUUCUCCUCAGAGUGGCACCAUGCGAAUCAAAGGUCCUGGUAGAUCCAAUAUGAAUAAUAGUCCAUCCGUUGGGACAAAGCCAACAAGUGUAAAUAAUCAAUUGGGUACAAAGAAUCAGGAACUCAACAACAAUGCCAAUAACAGCAAUAGUCAUACCGAUUCGACGACCCAUACUGCUAAUGGAGUUGGCAAAAAGACGACUAGUUCAGCAGAUACUCAUACUUAAAAGGAAUCAGAAGAGCGAAUCGGAAC